AGGACGUGGCUCUGGUGGCUUUGGAGGCCUUGCAGAAUGAGCCGCCAGAUGAGAAGGAUGGCGCGCAGAGUGUGACGACUUCGGCCAACCAGGAGGUGAUCAUCGAUUACAAAGGGCAGUUGAUUCAACUCUUUCAGAGUCUUGGAAAGUCGAAGGAGGUUCGUUUUGACGUCUUUCGAGUCAACGAGGACUCUGAAGAGAAAUUCUUUCAAGCCAAGGUCUAUUUGCCAAUACCUGGACAGGAGCCGAUCUGCGGGCAUCCCUUCUCUCGCUCCGACUUCGACUCCUCCGACAAGACGCGCCGCGCCGCGCAACAGGACGCAGCAUGGCGGGCCUUGCAGGUCCUCAACGGCACCGUUUCCGACGACGCGGGCGUCCCUUCAACACCGGCGCCAGCGAAGAAGGAGAUCUUCGCACCGCCACCACGA